UUGCUCCACUCACUCAGCCUAAGUAGGGUUUUGCAGAGUGUCGCGUUUGUCGCAUUCCAUACGAGGCCGAAGCGAAGAGUGUUUGUAGGGUUUGCGUUGCGCAUCGUUUGAGAGAGAGAGAUGGGAAGAGAAAAAGAGACAACAAAGGUAGCUUACGCAGUGGAGCAGCUUGUAGCCUUCAAUCGAUACAAUCCCGAUAUUCUUCCAGAUCUCGAAAACUAUGUCAACGACCAGGUUUCGUCGCAAACUUAUAGCCUGGACGCGAAUCUCUGCCUUCUUCGCCUCUACCAGUUUGAACCUGAGAAAAUGAGUUCCCAGAUUGUGGCCCGCAUAUUGGUCAAGGCUCUCAUGGCAAUGCCGGCGCCAGAUUUCAGCCUUUGUCUCUUUUUGAUUCCAGAACGCGUGCAAAUGGAGGAGCAAUUCAAGACUUUGAUUGUUCUGUCUCACUAUUUGGAGACAGGAAGAUUUCGGCAGUUCUGGGAUGAAGCCGCAAAAAGUCGUCACAUAGUUGAAGCUGUGCCAGGAUUUGAGCAGGCAAUCCAAGGGUAUGCAAUCCAUGUCCUUUCCUUGACUUACCAAAGGAUUCCUAGAACUGUGCUUGCUGAGGCCAUUAACAUAGAAGGUUUAUCCUUGGACAAAUUCCUUGAAAAUCAAGUGGCCAACAAUGGUUGGGUUAUUGAGAAGAGCCAAGGUAGGGCUCAACUUAUUGUCCUCCCUAGAAAUGAAUUUAAUGACCCAGCUUUGAAGAAAAAUGCCGCAGACAGUGUACCAUUGGAGCACAUUACUCGCAUCUUCCCUAUUCUUAGUUGAUUUUUCUAUGGUAGACUGCCAAUUUUGUUUCCUGAAGGAGAUCAUGCAAAUAUUAUAUCAGUUGGAGCAACAUCUUCCCUUCCCCUUGGAUGCUUCAAUUUGAGAAUUAGUGGACAGCUAUUGUAGUUUACUCAUUUUGUAUUCCUGUCUGAAAAUUAAUUUGCUUCGCUAUGCUUUAUUAUUCGGUGAACAGAUUGCCUGCUCUCUUUACUGCGUCUAUAAGUUCCCUGGCUAGUUAUGAGUGCUAGGAUAAAAAUAGGAGGAAAGAAGAAAUACAAAGUUGGAAUAAGGAGUAGAGAAAGGUUCACUUGUAUGCAUAUGGUAUGUUACUGGGGCAAAAUUGAACUCGAAACUUAUGUCAACUAAUCUCAUGGAUGUUGGUGGCUAAAUUCUAAAA